UUUAAUUAAAUAGUUGUUCCUCUGUAUAAUACAUGCAUAAACACAUGUAUACGUACAAUUUUUACAUCGCAUUUCGUCAUAUUCGAAUUUAGGGGAUGUAAGGAGUACAGUGGGGUUGAAAUGAAACAAAAGCGAUUUUAUAGUCCGUAGAAUCGACGCAGGCGCAAGCAGAAUGAUAGAAGGAUAGAUAAAGUAGCGUUAUGUUAGGAGAACUACCAGUCGCUAUGCGCUUACCCCAGUACGUAAAGUGCUUUUUUGCAUUAAUUGUUACGCUUUGUCGUGCUUUCUUACGUAAAGAGAAUCGUUGGAAAAAAAUUCUGCUGGAACUGUCGGACGCGUUCCAAGCGGACAAAGAGGGGCAAAUUUAAAGAGAAUUUCAAUUUUUACGGCAAUGAGAUGGAUGGAAGGGGUGUGAUUAUUUUUGAACAUGUAAGUGCGCUAACGAUUGAAGAAAUAGAGAUGUUAAUUCAUUUUUGAUAUGGAAUGAUUCUCGCGUGAAAACGUAACUUCUUUUGAAUAAAGCAAAUAUUUAAAACAAGCAAAUAUGGAUGUACAAAAUUAACUUGCAGAAUGGACGUGAGUUCGCUAGUACCGGCUGGUUUUCAAGCGGGGCAAGUGGAUCUCUGCGAGGUCCAGGCGGGCUAUAAUAAAUUUUCUGAGAAUUUGCGAAAAUUCACCCCUCAAGCAAUUCAGUGCGCGAUUUUUUGCGGUGGUUCUAGGUGCAAAUAUGAAAAUCCAAGAGCCUGGCGGCCUGUGCACAUGGCAAUACAGAACAUCUUUUCGCAUUGGGUGACAGACGACGUUCUCGCGAUGGCACGGCCAAACACCGCACAAAUCAUAAAAAAAGACAUAAUUGCCCAGUUUCAAGGGUGGAGUAUAAAAACCAUAAUAAACCUGCAAACGCCGGGUGAGCAUGCGAGCUGCGGCGGCCCCCUCGAGGAAAGCGGUUUCACUUACGACCCGAAUAUCUUCAUGAAAAAUGGCAUUUACUAUUACAAUUUUGCAUUGAAGGACUACGGGGACGCGACCAUGAGCAAACUUUUGGAUAUGGUCAAGGUCGUGGCCUUCGCCGUACAGGAAGGAAGAGUGGCAAUUCAUUGUCACGCUGGUCUAGGUAGAACCGGCGUCCUGAUCGCAUGCUACCUUAUUUAUAGUCUUCGGGUUAGAGCAAACGACGCCAUAAGGUUCGUUCGAAUGAAACGACCAUCCGCUAUUCAAACGCGAGGGCAGAUACUCUGUAUACAAGAGUUUGAGCACUUCGUGCUUCCUCAAAUGAUAGUUUUCCCUCUCAGUAGCGCCAUAGGCGAUCGCAAACCUUGCAGCUUGCAAUCUCACCUAAGAAAACAGCAUAACAUUCUACAUGGAUACGAGCAACGUACUUUUAAACACAUCCCAAAGAUCGUGUUCACGAUAUGCGAGCGAAUUCUCCAGUUGUGCGAUUGUCAGGACGAUAAUUCUCCGUGUGAAAUUACGUACACGGUAUCCAGCACGUCUUUCACGAACAAGUUCAUAUCUCAUUUCUUGGAGAAGCUGCGGGACACCAAAGGGAACAUUAAGCAUUCUUAUUCCUGGGCCGAGUCACUCGCCGAUUCCUACGACUGUUCUAGUUCAGCGAAAGCGUGUGCAAGUAGCAGUCAGGCGUCUUCGAGAGACACCUCAGAUGACAUUGGAAGAUUAAGUGACGUGUUCUGUACAUCCCCUGAUACUCCAUCCUGUGAUUCUACUUUUCCAGGCCUAGAUGAUAACUACGUGGACGACGUUCUCGGAGAUGGAAUCCACGGACAGGAUCUCGCGGACAACGAUUGCUACAAAGAGAUCCAAUCUCAUAUGAACCUGCAGGCCGCCGCAAAAAAUGCCGCCGUGGAAACUGUGAGCACCGAUGUGGCGAUCAAGGCGCUGAUCAGAGACAAUGCGUUGUUGGCUGAUAAAACGAAGAAACGUUUGCAGGAUUAUCAGAUGGAUCUGAAUCAUCGUUCCACGGCUUGGCAACGAUUACAAAUGGAAACCGAUUUGGACAUCUUAUCGGGAUUAUUGUUCGAGUGGUUGGAAACACUGAAACAUCCUUUGCUCGAUGUUGACAGUCUAAGUUACAUCGUCGUGUGGAGCUCCAAGCCUCAACAAUGUCUCGAAAAGCUUGCUACUUCUAACAAGUACUUGUUAGAGUAUCUUCUACGAUUCGUUAGUAGGCUGAGACCCAUGACUGCUGAAAGUCAGAGUUUGAUAACGAAGAGAUUCAUGGCUACCCUCACGCAGCAAAGUAUCUGGCUCAGGAACUCCUUUUAUCCUUCCAAUAAAAACUUUCAAAAGCUGCGACGAGGGACAGCAGCGAAACUCAAUGAAUUCUUUAUCAGGCUGAUGAACUUGAUAGAAGAAGUAAACACGCAGGAAAUGGAGAAACCACCGUGGUCUUCGAAAUGGGAAUUGGUUUCUACUCAAUUACGACAAAUGGAGAAACAAACGAUCGACGAGAAAGUUGAUUAAAAAUUUAAUGGGAAAUUAAGCUGCAGACUUUUGAACGAGAAUACGUGGGCGUAGAGAAACCUGUAGAAUCAUGUUUCAAGUAACUCUAGUCGUAACUAGCGAUAUGUGAAUGAUAUUUAUUUUUACAACGUUCAAAAUUGUACGCUCUAAAGUGUUGAGAAUCGCUCGAAUAAAGAACAAUAUUUUAGUAGUAACAAGUAAAGUGUCCUUUUUUGGGCGACAUAUUUUUUUAAAUAUGUUAUAUUAAUUAUUUACAAAUGCAUUGUUCGACUUUUGUAAUAUUCGUGACCUUCGACGGGAAAAGUAAUUUCCUUCUAUAUCGAUAAAAGGUACUUUAUCGACUGUGAUAUAGAAGGUUCCUUCUUUACCAGCUGAUAAUAACGUAACAUCAACCGGUAUUUAUUAUUAUGUGCAUGAUUUCGAGAUUUGUAAACGAAGGUGA